AUGGGCAAGGAAAUAAAGAAAUCCCGUCGUGUGUCACCUUAUUCAAAAAAUGAUUUACAAAAUGCGUUUGAUGCUGUCAAAACGGGAACAGCGAUAAAUGAACCAAGUAGGAUCCACAAGGUACCUUAUGCAACGCUGUAUUCUAGAGUGAAAGGUAUUUAUCCUUUGGAAACUAAAAAAGGACCGAGUAGUAUUUUAAGUCCAAAAGAAGAAAAGGACAUAGUCAACUGGAUUUUCUCGAUGAGCAAGUGUGGAUUUCCAGUGACUAAGCAGCAUUUACUGGACAGUGUUCAAAUAAUUGUGAAAAACACAAAACGAAUCACACCGUUCACCGAUGGUAGGCCAUCAAAACACUGGUAUGCAGCUUUCUUGAGAAGAAAUCCCGAAUUAUCAGAAAAAUUUUGUCAAAAUCUUACCAAGGCAAGAUCGAAUGUAAGCCAAAAAUCCUUCAGAGAUUGGUAUGCAGAGGUAGGGAACUACUUGGAGAAAAAAAAUUUGUUAAAUGUGGAACCCAAUCGAAUAUUUAAUUGUGAUGAAUCUGCCUUCAUGCUCUGUCCAAAAACUGACAAAGUUUUGACUGAAAGAGGAAAUAAGAAUGUUUAUAAUGUUUGUAAGAAUGAUAAGGAAUGUUACACGGCAUUGAUUGGAGGAAGUGCUGCAGGACAAUUAAUCCCACCCAUGAUUAUUAACAACUAUGAUCGAAUACCCAAAGUGAUUGCUGAGCAUUUUCCCAGUGAUUUCAUCCUUGGAAAGUCCGAAUCUGGCUGGAUGACUAGUGAAACUUUUUAUUCAUAUGUAGUGAAUCAAUUCUAUCCAUGGUGUGUAAGGAACAAUAUACAGUUUCCAGUUAUUUUGUACGUAGAUGGCCACAGCUCUCACUUGACAAAAGCAUUGAGUGACUUUUGUUGUGACCAUCAAAUAGAGUUGAUUGGCUUGGUACCAAAUGCAACACAUCUUCACCAACCCAUGGAUGUAGGACUUUUUCGACCACUUAAAACAGCCUAUAAAAAAGAAGUAAGAAAUUGGAGAUUGGAAAACAAUGGACAGCACCCUACCAAAUGUGGGCUUUAUCCUUUCAAUGAAAGAAGUAUAGAUUUUUCAAGAUUAAUCAGUGGUCCCCCAGUAACAGAUCAGCCUGAACAAGAGAACCAGGACUCUAAUGUUCAUCCACAUGCAUCACUGGAUAAACUUAAAAUUCUUCAAUCUUUUAUUGAACCAGACAUUUUAAAUUUAUUUAAAGAAAACAAAGGCCAAGAGUGGACCGGUGCCAUUGAAUACAAAGAAUUAUUUAAAGUUUGGUCCAUGUGUGAUGAUGAUGUGGUUUAUGAAAAGAAUAAUGCACCCCAGUCUACUUUUAACUUGAGUGAAGAUACUAGCUGUGCUAGUUCUGAAGAAAAUAAUUCUGUCGAACAACUAACAUCCACAGUUGUCGAAGAAAUCCUUGUUUGUGAAGGGGAUCAGCUAAAUAUUUCUAAUGCAGUUGUUGAAGAACUAGUAGACAAUGGUUCAGUAGUAAGUGGUUCUCCUGUUGAACUUGAUUUUGAACAUGUUUCAUCCUUAAGACAAAAGGACUUGAUGAAAACUGAUGACUUAUCCAAAAGUAUCCCUGAAGAUAAAAGAAGUGCUAGUCCACGAAGCAACGUUGAUACUAAUGAAACUUUGGAUACAAAUAGAAUCUGUGAGAAGGUAUAA